AUGGUCAACUCUAAUGCGUCGUGGAUUUGUUACAGCAUGCAUAUUCGGUCCUUGAAAAAAAUGCCUUUACGGUUAGAUAUACUUGAUGAAUAUCUCCCCUCACUUUAUGCUUUGAGAAUGCGCCCUGCAAGGUCUGGCUCAGAUCCACCGCUCAGAUCUCGUUUUGUUACAAUUAUUCUGCCAACGCGCUCGACCGCCUGCGUCCUGCGUCGCACCAGUUCCGAAGGGAGCGGUAUGGCAUCAACUGUAAACUUGGAAGAGGAGACCGGUGUCAUAAAGUCGGGUCCAGUCAUCGCUGGCUUCGCCCCAAUCAAGUCAAGGAAGUGCUACUACGCGGUCCUCUGUGAGCGUGCUUUGGAAUUACACGAGAGCGAGAAAACGUAUCGAAAGCGUAAGUCGGCUCGACAUCUCAUAGAUCUGUCCACGGCCUUCAAUGUUCACAACGAACACUUUGAUCCAAAGCUCAAGCGAUGUGUCUGCGUUAUGGGUCCCGAUGAAACACUGUGUCUGAAAGUAGACGAUGGCGGAAAAAAUGGUGAGGACGGCCGUCAAAAUACUGAGUGGUACAACGCCAUAAUGUCGGCUCUUAUCCCCUCGAGAGCCCUUCGUUUAGGAAGGCCGGUACAGCCGUUGGAGUUUUUCGAGUGUGCCUGGGACGUUGACGUAGCUAGUAUGCCGAAACUGAAAAGACCUCCUCGCACAGAGGAAUCGUUGCAAAACAUUUGCGUUCGUCUUCCGGAAAUAGCAGGUCCUAAACGGUUAUGUUUCUACGCUCACACCAUCAUACUCUGCAAACGUCGUAUUGAACCUGCUAUUAAUGGUCUGCCAUCAUCAGGAAUUCCCCCCUUUCGCGUAGACGAAUUCACUGAGAUUCCGCGCAAAUGUGUCGCAUUUUUUGGCUGUCAGGAACGAUUUUUCCUGAUGCGGCUAGGAAGAGGCGCCCCCUCAGGGGCGAGUGAAUUGUGGGCUCAGUGUGACAGUGAGGAGGUCGCUCUUGACAUUCACAAUAAACUGAACGCUAUCAUUGAAAGGGAGUCUGAGAAAGAAAGGAAAAUGAACAAUGGUGUCGUGAAACCUCUUGGAUUGUUGACGCUUCGUUCCCAUCAAGGACACCACCGCGAACGAUGCCACACACAACCGCAAAGGCAGCGAGCAACCUCUUUCCUCAGUGGACGUGUUGCUACGUCCACUUAUUCGACGAAUAGCCCCAUCAGCGGUAAACCGUCGACACCUUCAACUCAAACCACCUCAACCCUAGGAUCUCGGGCGUACAGUAUUUCUUAUGGUUCCCAGGCAGCAUCGAAAAACCAGCCGCCCCUUCUCAACACUCUCAUGAGUGUUUUUCCACGUCAGCCUUCUCAAGAAGACUGUGGAGUUUAUCAGGCUAUGGUAGCGCCCAAAAAUUCAUGUACAACUCCAUCAACUUCGACAGCUAAUGAAACUUCUACGGAUAACGUUGAUGCCAUCAGUACUGCGAAACCAAAGGAUCAGGUUCUUGAUGAAGCCCAGAGCUCUCACCAGUUAUCUUCUGCUACACACCAUCCCAUAUCUGGAGAACUGACACCUACUCCAGAUCUCCACAGAACUUCAACCACCUUUGACGACGGCUACACCCCAAUGCAUGCAGCAGAAUGGACAUCUGCUGGAAGUAACAGCCAUCUGAUUAUGCCAAUGUUUGAUCGUUACAAGCUGGAAGAAGUUCGCUCCUAUGUGUCCGAUAGUAGUGACUACUGCAGUUCGGCUGGCGCUGCAAAUUGUAGCACCGAUUUACAAAGCCCAGCAAACCCACCUCGUGCCUAUUCUUUCGCUGGUCGUUGUAAUCUUCGUCCUGGAGCCAACGCGGGCCUUGCUGAGAGCGCAGAUGCACGCACUGAAAACACCGAAAACGCUGGGGGAGGACUUCUUCAGCCAGUCGAGGAUCCUCGAAAACGGGCAUUUUCUCUUGGAAGCAAGACGCUUUUUCAACGACCGUUUCGCAAAAUCUCACAGCACACCUCUAGACAACAGCGCGUCUCACAGACGUCUGUCUCCAGUGUAUCACUUGCUUCUUCUGAAUUUUCCUCGUCUUUCGGACCGUCUUCUAGCGCAAACCAUUUGUCAGCAGUGAACUGUGCCGAUAAGGAUGAUUACUCGCGAAAUCGCUCUGGAAGUUUCGGAUCAGGUCGCAGCACCCCACACCAUCGUAAAGGUGGAUCGUCAGCGGGGCAGCGUGAUGGAGCUGACCACUUCGUCGAAAUGGAUUUUGGUAACGACAUCAGACGGUCUGGAAGCGGCUCCGUUGUUAGCGUGGAUAGUCCCAGCAACUGUAUAAGGUCUCGCACGUCUUCCUUUGGAUGCGCUAUCCGGAAAGAUACGGAAGUCUUCUCCUACCCUGCUGACCUGUCGGAAGCUGAGCUGACACCCAGCCAAAUCGUUCUUGAACAAGCUCGGCAGAACAGUAUUGACGAAUCAUGCGACUACGUGAUCCCGGUAGCUCCGGAUUUGGAGGCUGUGAAAAGCGCAUUAAGCGAAGCCGCGAACGACCAUCCACAUUUACUUGGCUUUCCCACUCGAAUUGAUCCGAAAUCGAUCGACAUGCAUAGUUCGCAGCAUUUCGAAACUAUAGUGGAAAGUACUUCGUUGAAAUCCUCACCAUGUUCAUCGCAGAGUUCCAUAACGAUGGAUCUGAACAAGGAUACGAGUAAGGAAGAGGACUACAUCACUUGUAUUGGACAGAAAUGUGAAGUUUUAUCUGAAAAUCCAUCUUUCGUACCUUAUUGUGCUCGGACAAAUCGACCAGCGUCCAGUCCUGGUGCAAAGGAAGUUGCUCCCAAAGCAACAACGCUCUUGCCUCAGUUGACGAGUGUACCACCAACUCUUUCUAAGUCAGGGAUUGUUUUCUCCCAUAAUUUCGAGGCAGGAAAGCCACUACUCGAGUAUGCGUCAAUUAAACCUGUCCGAGCUAUGUCGUAUUGA